AUGCCCAGACUGAUCAUCAUCAAACAGGUCAGCGGGAGUUUACUUACGAUCGUGGACGUCACGCUUUGGCCUCUCUUUUACCUGCGUCUCAUCCUUCUGCGCGGCCGAAUCCAGCAGCUCCGAGGGGGGUUCGUGAGAGACCACGCUGGGGGGUUCACCGCCACGAAUGACACACUCUCCAAGUGGGCCAGACGCUUGACGAAAGUUUGCAGACGCGACGAGAGACAGGGCACCCUCCGCCUCAGUAACCUCACCAAAAGCAUGUCAGGGAAGUACGUCUGCCGGGCCAGCAACACGGCAGGAUCAGACACCUGCUCCAUAAACCUGGAGGUCGUCACCUCCUCAAAUGCAGGCAUGAUCGCAGCUGCCACUCUGGGCUCCAUCGUGGGACUGGUGGCCAUGGUUCUGUUUCUCAUAUUUAUCCUGAGGAGAAGAGGGGACUCUGAAGAGGAGACAGCCAAUGAGAUCAAGGAAGAUGCUCAGGCACCAAAGCGCGUUUCUUGGGCUAAAAGCAACACAGGAUCUGACAUCAUGUCUAAAAAUGGCACACUUUCGUCUAUAGCCACCAGUCCUCGGCCACGAGACCCCCCAAACUUUCACUACCCCUAUUCUCCAAUGCCAGCUUCAGACAGCAGCUCUGUCAUCAACGCCUACCAGCUCAGGCCUGGAGAGGCCAAUACUUUACAGGGACUUCCAGGUUACAACAUUGGAGGCACUACCCCGCGUAAACCCAAGCCACCCCCCACUGCAAACGGUGCACCCCCAUACAUGAUCCGCAGCCCUGGGAAUGGCUCCCCCUGCAGGCCAGAAGGCGCACAACCUCAAGUGGCACCCCCACUCAGCAUGUCUCCUCAGAUGAGCUCCUCCACCUUGACGCGUAUGGGCGCCGUAGCGGUGAUGGUACCUGCUCAAAGCCACGCAGGGUCUCUGGUUUAA